CCCUGAUAUGCAUGCGUGUCUUUGGCUCAUGGUUACAGAAACGAAGUCGUCAGUAAUGGGUUACCGUACUUGUGUUCUGUACUUUGGAUGAAAAAAGAUAAUAGCAAAUAUGUCUACUGAAGUAAAUAUAUCGAGCGAAAAGUUUGGGAAGACAAAUGAUGGACAAGACAUUAAACUAUUUACAUUGACCAAUCAGAAUAAGAUGACAGUAAGGGUUAUCAGUUAUGGUGCAAUAGUAAAAGACAUUCUGGUUCCUGACAGAGACGGUAAUGUAGCGGACGUAAAUUUAGGCUUUGACAAUAUUGAAGAUUACGAACAGAGAAAUGAUCCGUAUUGUGGUGCCAUAUGUGGGAGAGUAACAAAUAGAAUUGCUGGUGCAAAGUUCACGCUUGAUGGAAAAGAAUAUAAUCUUGCUCAAAAUGAUGGGACGAACCAUUUACACGGUGGAGUGAAAGGCUUUAAUAAGGUUGUUUGGAACGGUUCAGUAAAAGGUUCAAAAGUCGAACUGACCUACACAAGUCCCGACGGAGAAGAACAUUAUCCGGGGGAGGUAUCUGUCAAACUGACAUACGAACUUACCAAUGACAAUUCAUUGGUAUUAGACUAUACUGCAACAACCAAUAAAGCUACGCCAAUUAACUUGACUAAUCACUGUUAUUUUAAUCUAAAUGGCCAGGGUUCACCGAAUAUAGACGACCACAUAUUGACAAUAAAUGCCGAUACAUAUACAGUGCAAGACAAAGUUUUUAUUCCGUCUGGUGAAAUAGCCAAAGUGGAGGGUACGCUUUACGACUUCCGCAAACCAGUACGUCUAGGUGACAGACUAAGUAGUAUAGACGAUGGCAUAGGUUUGACUAUAAAUUACUGUGUUGGUGAAUGCGGGAAGAUGAAAAAUAGUGCAAGAGUCGAGCAUCCACCGUCUGGUCGUGUAUUGGAAGUGUCCUCAACAGAGCCUGGUCUCCAGAGUUAUACUUCAUACUUCUUGGAUAAUGUGAAGGGUAAAGGUGGCGCCAUCUACAAACAGCUUAGUGCAAUAUGUUUGGAAUCACAGCAUUAUGCUGAUAGUGUUAAUCAUGAUAAUUUCCCCAGUGUUAUAAUAAGACCGGGAGAGAUGUACAGACAAACAUCGAUUUACAAGUUUUGUACAGUGGCGUGACUA